GUUGCAUCAACUGUACUGUUGCGUCUCGUUCUGCAGUGAAGGUGAAAGUAAACAAACGCGUUAUUUUUGGUUGUGUUUAGUGUGAGUGUGUAAGAGCGAUGUUUGUGGCGAGGUUGGCGUGCCUGCGGGGUCUCCCCGUGACUGCCAUGAGGUCCAGUCUGACCCUGAAGAUCCCGGCUCUUAAACCUGCUACACCUCUGAUCAGAUCUCAGCAGGGUUACUCCACCCGGGCCAAGUUCGGACUGCGGCGCAGUAAGACGGCCAAAGAUCAGCUCCAGGAGGCGGUGUUCGAACCCGCUAAAGACACCGCCUUUAAAAUUGAUCAGACCGGGAGGAUGGUCCUGGCGGGCGGAGCUGCACUCGGACUCGGAGCUCUGUGUUAUUAUGGUCUCGGCAUGUCCAAUGAGAUCGGCGCUCUGGAGAAAGCAGUUUUUUGGCCGCAGUAUGUAAGGGACCGGAUCCACUCCACCUACAUGUACUUUGCAGGCGGUGUGGGCGUGACCGCUCUCUCGGCCGUGGCCGUCAGCAGGACUCCGGCUCUACUGGGCCUCAUGAUGAGAGGAUCCUGGAUGGCUUUUGGAGUGACCUUUGCGGCGGUGAUCGGUGCCGGGAUGCUGGUCAGGUCCAUCUCCUACGAGCACAGUCCCAUUCCUAAACACCUGGCCUGGAUGCUGCAUGCAGGUGUAAUGGGCGCGAUCAUAGCUCCCCUCACCUUGCUGGGCGGUCCCCUGAUGAUGCGAGCGGCGUGGUACACAGCGGGCAUCGUGGGCGGUCUCUCCACCGUGGCCAUGUGCGCUCCCAGUGAGAAGUUCCUGAACAUGGGCGGCCCGCUCGCCGUCGGCUUGGGAGUGGUCUUCGCCUCAUCACUGGGCUCUAUGUUCUUGCCCCCCACCACGGCGUUUGGGGCAGGUCUGUACUCGGUGACAAUUUAUGGAGGUCUGAUCCUCUUCAGCAUGUUCCUGCUGUACGACACACAGAAGGUGAUCAAACGGGCCGAGACGCACCCGCUGUACGCCAUGCAGAAAUACGACCCCAUCAACGCCUGUAUGGGCAUCUACAUGGACACGCUCAACAUCUUCAUAAGGCUGGUUAUGAUUCUGGCCAACGGUGGUGGAGGAAAGAGGAAGUAAAUCACCUUCUUUAUCAUCAUAAUUAUAAAGCUCUUCCUGAACAGAUGAAGAAGUGAGAUAAGACUGUGGACUGUGUCUAAAGUAAAAGGAGGAGAAAUCUGACGCAUUCCGGCUUUUGGUGUUUAGGAGUCAGAUCUACACUCUAUCACAGAGGACUACAAGAGUUAGCAAAUAUAAUUAUAAAUAUUAUUUCCUGUUAUUUAUUUAAACUCUAAUCAUAUCUGAUUAUCUGCGAUUGGUGUCUGUGCUCAGUGUGUUCCGUGAGCUUCAGAGUUCAAGGUUUUUUCCUGCUUUAAAGGUUUUUUUUUUUUUUUUUUUUGGUAAAUAUGCUUCUGCAUGUUUCUCAGACACAUUUUACAAAUCUUCAAAGUGGAAAGAGAAAAUCAGAUUAGGCCUUAUUCCAAUAUGGAUUCACAAGUUUAUUUUGGUAUGCACUAAAUAAAAGAUUAAAAUAAUAAAUAUAA